AAAUAGCAAAUAGCAAAUAGCAAGGGGUAAUGUGGUGAGAGGAAGAGCAGCAAAGCUAAUAGAUUAAGAUUAGACAAAGACAAAGAAAGAAAGAAAAAGAGAAAAUAUAGAAAAAGAGAAAACCAUUAGAAUAAUUGAUGAAAAUUUGCUCUAUAUAAACAUAUAUCCACACACACCAAUUUUUUUCUUCUGCUUUGGUAACUGCAGAGAGAAAGAAAGGAAGAGAAGAAACGGUGCGAAGCAAAAGAAAGGAAGAAAGAAGAAAAAGCGUGGAAGGAGGAAUCGGCGGUGCUUCACCGGCGAUCGCUCAUCGGGUCCGGCGAAGUUCAGAUCGCUGCUUAUGCUUCUCUGAAAUUCGUCCCUUGCGAUCUUUCCAGAGGCAAAAUUGCUGUAGUAUUGCAGUGCUGGGUUAUUGGCUCACUUGUGGAAAGUUUUUAUAUAUGGGCUGAGGUACACUUUUCAUGGGAGGUGUGGAGGAUGAAGAACCAGCUUUGAAACGAAUGAAAUUAUCCUCUAAAGGACUAGUUGGUCUCUCUAACGGUUCAUCUUCAGCGGGGCCUGUUGGAGGCUCUUCAACUGACUUGAUGGCUCGGCCCCUAUCAUCUGAAGGGGACAGCGAAGUUAUUGGUUCGAAAGGGGUUAUAAAGAGAGAGGAGUUUGUUAGGAUAAUCACGAAGGCAUUGUAUUCUCUUGGUUACAAGAGGAGUGGGGAACGCCUAGAGGAGGAGUCUGGCAUACAUUUGCACUCAUCUGUGGUGAAUCUGUUUAUGCAGCAAAUACUUGAUGGCCAUUGGGAUGAAAGCGUACUCACAUUGAAUAAAAUUGGUCUAACAGAUGACAAUGUUGUCCGGGCAGCCUCGUUCUUGAUAUUGGAGCAGAAGUUUUUUGAGCUUCUUGAUGGAGAAAACUUCAUGGAUGCAUUGAAGACAUUGAGAAGUGAGAUUGCACCACUUUGUGUUGAUAGUAGUAGAAUUCGUGAACUUUCUUCCUGCAUAGUUUUGCCAUGUAGCCAGGUUGGUUCUUCUAGGCAAGAUAUUAUACGGGUGAGAUCACGUUCAAAAUUGCUGGAAGAAUUGCAAAAACUUCUUCCCCCAACAGUGAUGAUACCUGAGAAUAGAUUGGAACAUCUAGUUGAACAAGCCCUUAUCUUGCAACGCGAGGCUUGCCCAUUUCACAACUCAUCCGAUAAGGAGAUGUCGUUAUAUUCAGAUCAUCACUGUGGAAAAACUCAGAUACCUUCUAGGACAUUACAGGUAUUAGAAGCACAUGAUGAUGAAGUAUGGUAUGUACAAUUUUCGCAUAAUGGGAAAUAUCUAGCUUCAGCGUCAAAGGAUCGAUCUGCAAUCAUUUGGGAGGUAGACGUGGAUGGUGGACUGUCUAUCAAGCAUAAAUUGUCUGGUCACCAGAAAGCCGUUUCUUCUGUUUCAUGGAGUCCAAAUGACCAAGAGCUCCUCACAUGUGGGGUGGAGGAGGCUGUUAGGUGCUGGGAUGUCUCCACUGGUAAGUGCCUGCAAGUUUAUGAAAAAGCUGGUCCUGGCCUGGUCUCCUGUGCAUGGUUUCCAAGUGGGAAAUAUAUACUUUCUGGCCUUAGUGACAAGAGCAUUUGCAUGUGGGAGUUAGAUGGGAAAGAAGUGGAGUCUUGGAAAGGACAAAGAACCCUUAAGAUCUCUGAUUUGGAAAUCACAAGUGAUGGGGAACAUAUUCUCAGUAUUUGUAAGGACAAUGUAAUACUGUUGUUCAACAAAGAAGCGAAGGAUGAGAGAUAUAUUGAAGAGGACCAGACAAUAACUUCCUUCUCUUUGUCAAAGGAUAGCACACUCUUGCUGGUUAAUCUUUUGAACCAAGAAAUACAUCUUUGGAAUAUAGAAGGUGAUCCUAAACUUAUUGGCAAGUUCAAGAGUCAUAAACGCACCCGGUUUAUUAUCAGAUCUUGCUUUGGGGGACUCGAGCAAUCUUUUAUUGCUAGUGGAAGUGAGGAUUCGCAGGUUUACAUAUGGCACAGAAGCUCAGGGGAUCUAAUAGAGGCAUUGCCUGGUCAUUCUGGUGCUGUUAACUGUGUGAGUUGGAACCCAGCUAACCCUCACAUGUUAGCCUCUGCCAGUGAUGACCGGACAAUUAGGAUAUGGGGCUUGAAGCGCCUGAAUUUAAAGUAUCCAAAUGCACACAGCAAUGGCAUUCAUCACUGCAAUGGGGAAGAACUUAGAUGAACUCAAACUAUUUUCAUUUCAUUUCUUUCUUUUAUCAUUGCAAUUGUGUAAAUACCUUCACUAUCACCACAAGUAGACAUUCAUACCAAACAUGCAUGUGACUUCUCAUCGAUCUCAAAAUAAAUUCUUGUUUCAUUUAAGCGUUUAUUUAUCUUUUUGUCCUUGGUU